UUUUUCUUCGCAAGUCCUUAUCACCUUGGUUACUGUUGCUAUACGACCGCCAAGCUUCCCAUCAUCAGACAUUCUCACUGUGAUGUGUUGGUGUCAGUGUUGAACAACGUGGACAUUAAAGCUGACAGCCCAGAGUGUGACGCCGUGUUUCACAUACACUGGAUACACUGACACCAGUGACACCAGUGACACCAGUAACAGAACCAUCACAGGAGCGAAGGCUGGGGUUUUACAGAGCUACAGACUGCACAUUAGCUUCGGACCUCUGUGUUUCCCACAGUGACUGAAUAUAAGUAAUGAAGCUCCAGGUGUCUUUGUUGGUGUCCAGCAGCGUCGUCCUGUCCACGGACGCAGAAUCAGACUGUCACUUUGACUGGAUUUCUGUUUUCUGUGAGUUGUUAACACUUCAUUUUAUUCUGAUGUAACUGACGAACGGAUCAAAAGUCCACCGACAUCAUCACAAACCUCAUUCUGAUGAAAACUGGAGAUCAGACUUGGAAACUUGUGGCUGAGCAGCGACAGCAGCAGGUCCGUGGUUUGAUCCCGGCUCCUCAGGUCUGCACACUGAACCCUGAAAACAGAGCAGCCAUGAUGUGUCCUUAAACAGCUCGAGCUAGCAGAGAGAGGCCACGCCCCUAAUAUUGAAAACAUGAACACACUGUAAACAGUCCGCGCGCGGAGCAGAGGGCAGAUCAGAGCAUGCGCUCGGCGCGGCAGAGCAUCAUCUCCUGCAGCGACCGUGAGGCGAACUGUACGGCCGCGCGCCGCCCAGAUACCCUGGAGCUGUCAGGAUCUUCCGCGUGGAGCUCAAACGGCUCGGCCGUGGACGCGCUCCGGCUCGUGGAGCUCCAGCUGCCGGCUGCGGCCGCUCCGACCGUGGCGAUGGUGCCCGAGACGCCACGUCUAUUCCCCACCGUGGAUGUGCCCGACCACGCCCACUACACCAUCGGCUCUGUGAUUCUCGCCAUCGGCAUCACAGGCAUGAUUGGGAACUUCCUGGUCAUAUAUGCCUUCAGCAGGAGUCGCAGCCUGCGCACGCCACCCAACAUGUUCAUCAUUAAUUUGGCCAUCACUGACCUCCUGAUGUGUAUCACCCAGUCGCCCAUCUUCUUCACCACCAGCAUGCACAAGAGGUGGAUCUUUGGAGAGAAAGGUUGCGAGCUGUAUGCUUUCUGUGGCGCUCUGUUUGGGAUCUGCUCCAUGAUCACGAUGACGGUGAUCGCUAUCGACCGUUACUUCGUCAUCACGAGGCCUCUUACAUCCAUUGGAGUGCUGUCUCGGAAGCGGGCCUUCCUCAUCCUCGUGGCGGCCUGGGCCUACUCGCUGGGCUGGAGCCUGCCGCCGUUCUUCGGAUGGAGCGCCUACGUCCCCGAGGGCCUGAUGACCUCCUGUACGUGGGACUACAUGACCUUCACGCCGUCUGUGAGAGCCUACACCAUGCUGCUCUUCAUCUUCGUUUUCUUCCUGCCUCUCUUCAUCAUCAUCUACUGCUACAUCUUCAUCUUCCGCGCCAUCCGCACCACCAACCAGGCGGUGGGGAAGAUUAACGGCAGUGUUCACAGUCACGGCAGCACUCGUGAUUCCAUGAAGAGUUUCCACCGGCUGCAAAACGAGUGGAAGAUGGCGAAGAUCGCGCUCAUCGUCAUCCUUCUCUAUGUCAUCUCCUGGUCGCCGUACUCCACCGUCGCCCUCACCGCCUUUGCCGGGUACGCAGACAUGUUGACGCCCUACAUGAACUCUAUCCCCGCCAUCAUCGCCAAGGCCUCGGCCAUCCACAACCCCAUCAUCUACGCCAUCACGCACCCAAAGUACAGGAUAGCAUUGGCCAAGUACAUCCCAUGUCUUGGCGUGCUGCUCUGCGUCCGUCCUCGCGACCUCCGCUCGACCAGCAGCAGCUUCGUGUCGACGCGCCGCUCCACUGUGACCAGCCAGACCUCUGACAUCAGCAGCCAGUUCAGGCGGCAGAGCACCUACAAGUCCCGCCUCUCCUCUGCCUCUGACAGCGAAUCGGGUCUGACAGACACCGAGGCUGACCUGUCCAGUCUGGGAUCCAGACCGGCCAGCCGUCAGGUCUCCUGUGACAUCAGCAGAGACACCGCCGAGCUGCCCGACUUCAAACCCUCGUCCAGCUUCAAGUCCAAGUUGAAGAGCCACGACUCGGGCAUCUUUGAAAAGACGUCCUAUGACACUGAGCUUCCCAUGGCAGGAGGAGGUGAACGCAGCAGCAUUUCAAAUAAUGGUGAUUUUACAGAUGGUUCAAGAGGUGCACUCGGCCGAAUCCCGAGUAUUGUCAUCACCUCCGAGUCCAGCCCUUUCCUUUCCACGGGUCGAAGUGGUUCCCGCACAGCUCGAUUGAAGGCGACCAACAGCAGCAGCGGUGGAGGCGCAGGGGCGGGUUCGGCGUAGAGCUCCACCCUCCUCUCCUGCUUAAACUCCUGCAGCCAUGUGACCACCUAAGGUCCAGGCAGAUAUUUGGGACUGUGCAGUUCAGAAAAAGCCAUCAGAGCUCAUCAGAUUGUAAAUCUGCAGGUCGUUUGUAGGUUUUACCCCAUUUGUACCGAUACAGAUGGAGACAAAAUCCAAACCCAACCUGGAGCUGUUUCACCAACGAACAAAACAGUUUACUUAAAGAGCAGCUUAUCACCGUGUAUACACAGCUCCUCAGCUUACCUAAAACAGGGUGUUUCCUCUCACUCUGUUUGGUUGUUUUGAGUGAAAGCAGCUGCUGUGAGUUAAAAUGUUAUAGAAUUCAUAUUUUGCAUUGAGUAUCUCUUUAAAAGGUUCUUAGAGCCCCUGAGAGCUGAGAGCAGAUCUGAUCUUUGAUUACACUGCAGCCACACAGACUCUGAGGGUGGAAAUGUUCAACGAACACAGUUAAGUCUGAUUUUCUGUUUCUCAGUCAGACUGAUGAAAAUGCCUCUUCAGCUGAGUUCUCCUGUGACAGGUGAGGGUCUCUGUUCUGGUGACUGAGAGGACUUUGAGCUGAUGGAGGAGAUUUCUUCAUUCUGUGAUUCCUCAGUAAACCGUGUGCUUUCCUGCCCUUGGUCUUCUUAUGUUUCUGCUUUGCAUGUGGCGCCUGUGGUUUCCAGCUCAGACCUCAAUGUGACGUCACCGGGUCAAAUCAUAAAGGUUAAAUCAUAAAGAUGGUUAUGUGCAUCCCAUCUAACCAAAACUAACUAUAAAUUCAAGAAAUCACUGACUCAGUGCCAAUAAGAACAUCUCAGGGCAUCGAUCUUAUACCCACAGUGAUUACCGAUCACUGUGGAUGUGGCUCUGCACCAAGCAGUUUUUCUGCUCAUUUCCAACUUUAAAGCUUCAUUUGAUCAUUUUUGUCAUCAUUAAGAGAAAAAACAACAGCUUUGUAUGGGCCUUUAACACCGCCCCUCAUCUUCCACCAUAAACCCAGUUUCCUGAUUGGUCAGCUUCCAGACACCUAAUAAAGGACAGCAAAAAAAACAGCCAUCCAAACCUUCUUUAAGAAUAGAAAACAUAAAAUUGCUUUUAUCGCCCACAAAGUUUUUGGCCUGUAUAGCUGUGACUUCUUGAACCACAGCAGUGGGAGAGCUGAAACGAUGCUAAUUGAUUUGUUGUGCAACCAAACACUGAUAUGUUCUAAACUGAGGGGUGUAACUACGAAGAAAGAUUAUUGGGUUAGUGAACUGUGUGGAGCUUAAAGUCAUAAUUUUCCAUGUCACCAACAUGGCUCUUAUUUUACCGGCUAAAUCACCAUGGCAACUGAUGCUGAACACAUCACCUGGCCAGGAGCAGGUUAUGUUUGAAUUUUCUGUUUAAAAUUGUCUGGAAGCGCCACGUUGUCAGUGAUUCUUUUAUUUCUGGCAUGUUUUCAGUGUGACAUAGAUUCUAUAUCUAGUUACAAAGAGCACUGAAUGAAGCUCAGCUGUGAAGUUACAGCAACUCAAACUGAAUGUGUUCAUUUGGUGGUACAAAAAGUAAUGUUGCUGUGAUGUUACACUUAGAAGUAAACACUCUGCGUGCGCUCAGACACAAAAUCAUUCAUCCAUCGAUCCAUGGAAAAGUCUUUUUCCAUGGCCUGUCCGAACUCCUCCCACACCCGAGUUUUUGCUUCAGCCACUGCCCGAGCCG